UUCUCUCGCUCUCUCUCUCUCUCUCUUUCUCUCUCUCUCUCAUUGUGGUGAGUAGCAGUAGCAGCAGCACUAGUUGUCUCAUGGAACUCAGUCAGGCAAAUGACCAUUCUCCUCUCUCCUCUUCUCUUCUCCUUCUCUCUACUCCUACUCCUCUCUUCUUCUCCUCUCUCCUCCUCUCUUCUUCACCUGCUGUUUUCUCUCUGCUCAGAGGUAGUGGAAAAUAUAUUGCUCCUUUCUUCUCUCUCCUCCUCUCUCCUCUCCUCCCCCUCUCACCCCUUGAGCUGGGGGUCAGCGGGGCUCUCUGUGUGUGAGGGAGGGGGGGGAGAGGGUUCAGGAUGGAAGCGAUGGCUCUCUAUUCGUUCCGAGCCACGGAGGGUGAUGAGCUCAGUUUCAACAAGGAAGACGUACUUAAGGUCAUCAACAUGGAAGAUGAUCCUAACUGGUACACAGCGGAGCUCAACAACAAGAAAGGAUACGUACCCAAAAACUAUAUCAAUCUCAGACCACACGCGUGGUUUGCAGGCCGUGUCUCCAGGGGGGUUGCAGAGGGCAGAUUGAGACAGAGAGACCGCGGAGCGUUCAUCGUGAGAGAGAGUGAGAGCGCUCCAGGAGAAUUCUCCAUGUCCGUUAGUUACGGGGACCAUGUGCAGCACUUCAAGGUGCUCCAGGACAGGUCAGGACAGUACUUUGUUUGGGAGGAGAUGUUCUUCUCUCUGAAUCAGAUGGUGGAGUUUUACCAUAGCAACAGCAUCGCCAAGGAGGGAACCGUCUUCCUACGAGACCCAGAACACCCUGCCAGG